AUGAGUGCGACAGCGUCAUCCAUCGACCCAGAUAGUCUGACUGUCAAGGGCUACUUCAACCGCUUAAGUGAUGAAUACGUUGCCGGGGUUCUUAAUGGCAGCUACGAGGGCGCCAACACAGCCCACCAAAGAUUUAUCUGCAAUCUCAUUGUUCAAUUUGAGGAAUUGUGGAGACGGAUAGGGACGGUCGGCGCCUUUUCCGUGAACGAUGAUUUGGAUGACUACACCACCACUGCGUUGGAUUUUUUAUGGGUGCCGUACAUCCUGGCUGAUCUUUAUCAGCGUUUUCAGGAGUCCCCAGGCGGGCCCUCCGGAUCGAGCGGCAUGGGCCCGCCUUUGCCAUCAUCGAUCUCCACAGCAACUCCACAGGCGGGAUCGGCGGGCAUGAAAGGUGAACCCAAUCAACCUCAACCCACGGUGAGUUACGAUAGUCACGCUCACCACGAGGACGGAAGCCCUGUUACGGACGAUUACGCAGGGGAAAAGACGACACAUGCGGUUCUCAUCGAGAUCAACGAGGCCAAUCUUCGCGCGCUCUCCCGACAAGAGGCCCUCACGCGCUCUCACGCAUGGUUUCAAGUUUUUUUUGAAUGGCUUCAGAACACUGGCCUGAUGGAGGCGCGUGAGAUUGAGACGUUUUCGAAGUAUCUCCCUGAUCAGCGCUCGUUGCGCAUCCAGCUCUCUCGCCUGUGCAGCGAACUCCGCCAAAAGCUAAAGGAGUCGGAGGCGAAGGUGCAGUAUCAACGCGUGAAGCGCCGUCGGAUGCGGGAGUUGAUGGCGGAGAACGGCGAGGCCGUCGAGGAGGGGGGCGGGGAGGAGGAGGAGCUGCUGCGGGAGCGCGCGCUCGCGCGGUUACGCUGGUCGGGUUACGACGCCUGCCAUCAACUCCAACUUUCCGCGCGGGAGUUGGCGAUGUUGGAGGCCGUCGGCGUCGAGCAGCGCGCGGGGAUCUCCGCGGCCUACCAGCGGACGUUGGAGGCCGUCCGGCGAGGGGAGCUUUCCCUCGGCCGCCACACCUACACGAUCCUCCCGGGCGGGAUGAUGAUGGCGGGAAGCCUGCAAAACCCACAGCCGUUGGAUCCCACCCUCCUCCCGCGAGGGGGUGGGCCCACAGGGGGGGUGCUCAACAGCCAGGCGCAGAACGCGCGAUCAAGCGCGCAGCUCUUCCGUCAGCAGGUCCGGGAUGAGCUGAUGGUGGAUCGCAACCCGACGACGAUGACGCUCGAGGAGUUCGCGGAGAAGGAGAUGGCGGAGGUGCAGCGGCAGAUGGCGGAGGCGCUCGAGAUGCAGGCGGAGGCCGAGGCGGAGAACGAACGCCUCGGACCCGAGGGCGUCGAGGAGCGGCAGCGAAAGAAAGACAGCGCCUGGCAGGACUGGAAGGAUGACCACCCGGCGUAUGGAAUCACUAAGAAAGGCAACUAUGCAUAG